AUGUACAUAAUAGACUACGCGGGCGAUCACAGUUUAGAGAGAGUUUACGCCACUGAGCAACUGGCCUUUCAGCCCUCAAACAUUGGAUUCGUGACCUUCAUCCCGAAAGUCUUCUUUGGGGUUCUAGCAAGCAGAUCGAGCGGGCCGGAAGGUCUUAACUCGCAUGUCAACGAAGUUCUAGGAUUGAUGGCAGAGCCGGCGAUCCUAAUUUUCUUGAUGUACAAUUCCCUUUGGUUACCCGAUUGGGUGCCAGCUUCUUGUAUUGCGUUGGCAGCCUAUCUAAUCGUUAAUACCCUCACAACCACUUAUCUUUUGGCGUCGCGUUCGACUUGA